AUGGCAACCACAGCUACUGCCACCACCACCACUACUUCCCUCUCCACAAGCUCACCUUCCCACAUCCCGCGCGGACCAACAUCCGCCACGAUCACCUUCUACGGCCCUCCAGCAGACAAUUCCGCGCCGUUCAACUACGUCGAAACACCUCCAGCGGGCCAGCCCCAACGCAACUACGCCGAAGUCGAGCACGAAGUUUCCAUCAACGACAUCCGCGGCUCAGAGACAUCCUAUAAUCUCGACAAGGACUCCUUCGCAGCACUCCAGCACAUCCCCAGCGCAGCAACAUACUCCACCUUCGACUCGGACACCUCUGUCCGCGAAAUCUACUACCCAGAAGUGGAGUCGCUCCUCAAAUCCCACGUGCCCGGCGCCCACAAAGUCGUCAUCUUCGAUCAUACCAUCCGCCGCGCGAAAUCCGGUGCUCCGCGCCAGCCUGUCACUCGCGCGCACGUCGACCAGACUCCCCGCGCGGCCGCUGACCGCGUCAAGCUGCAUAUUACCGACGAGGAAGAGGCCGCUGCCCUCCUAGCUGGCCGAUACCGCAUCAUAAACGUCUGGCGCCCGCUCGACGAGCACGAUCUCCCAGUGCAAUCUGCUCCGCUGGCUUUUGCCUCCGCGGCAUCUGUCGAUGGGGAUGACCUCGUUCCCAUUCAGCAUCGGUACCCGAACCGAACUGGCGAGACCAUGGGCGUUAAGUAUAAUCCUGCCCAGAACUGGUUGUACUGGUCUGGUAUGACGGGUGGUGAAAGGUUGCUGCUUAAAUGCUCAGACUCGGCAGGUCUAAAGGAUCCGAAUAUCGCGCAGUGGGUCCCGCAUACUGCGUUCUGGGAUCCGAAGACUCCUGAGGGGGCUAGGCCUAGGGAGAGUAUUGAGGUUAGGGCUUUGGUCUUUGGAUGA